AGAAACUUUAAUCUCCUUUUAUCAUGGACACCACUUCACGUCAAGAAGAACAAAACCAUGCCACCGUCUCCAAAAUGAACAACGAUCGUUUAGCUUCCUUGUACCAGAAGAUAGCAGAGCCUCCGAGACUUCUCAGCAACGCCGCCGCUAAAGCCUUCUGUUGCAUCUUCCGAGUCCCGCAGAGCCUCCUCGAGAUAAACGGCAAGUCAUACCAACCCCACAUCGUCUCCAUCGGCCCCUUCCACCACGGAGAGCCCCACCUCAGAAUGAUCGAGGAGCACAAGUGGCGCUACCUGGGUUCUCUGCUUUCAAGAACAGAGCCUAAAGGGUUGACUCUCCAGCACUACUUGAAGUCCAUAGAGCCAAUGGAAGCUAGAGCCAGAGAGUGUUACUCUGAGACAAUCCACCUUAGCUCUGAUGAGUUCGUCGAGAUGAUGGUCCUUGAUGGUUGCUUCUUGAUCGAGUUGUUUCGAAAAAAUGGCCGAGUGGUUCGGUUUGAGCGUGAUGAUCCACUCGUCAAUAUGUUCUGGGUAAUUCCGUUUAUGGUUAGAGAUUUUCUUCGUCUUGAAAACCAAAUCCCCUACUUUAUUCUCCAACAUUUGUAUGACCUGAUUACUACGUCGGAAGAUCGUCAAGAAUCUGUGAAGUCUUUGUCCUUGCUUGCUUUGGAUUUCUUCAACAACCAUAUGAUGAGGCCGCCAGAAGCCAUUGCAAAGCUGCAUAAUCUCACAGGUAAGCAUUUGCUUGACUUGGUCCGGUCAAGUGUGAUACCAGCAGACCUUAGUGAGCCAGUAAGCAAGCAUGAUACCCCAACACACCUUAUACACUGUGUUUCAAAGCUUCGUCGCGCUGGAAUCAAGCUCAAUAAUCCUCGCAAGGCAUUCGAAAGCUUCUUGGUGAUCAAGUUCAAGCGUGGAGUUAUCGAAAUGCCCCAAAUCACCAUAGACGAUUUCAUGAGCUCGUUCUUGUUGAACUGUGUGGCCUAUGAGCAAUGUCACAAGUCAUGCUCCAAGCACAUCACUACUUACGCUACGUUUCUGGAUUACAUCGUCAACACUUACAAGGAUGUGGAGUAUUUGGCUGACAGAAACAUAAUCGAGAAUUGCUUCGGAAACGAUGAGGAGGUUGCUAAUUUUAUUAACAAUUUGGGCAAGGAUGUGGUUUUUGAUCCGGAAAAGUGUUAUCUGUCCAAAUUGUUCAAUGAUGUUCAUGUGUAUUACGGGAAUAGUUGGCAUGUUCAAUGGGCUAGCUUCAAGUACACUUACUUCGACACUCCAUGGUCUUUCAUUUCGGCUUUUGCUGCUUUGAUUUUGCUCAUUCUCACCUUGCUGCAGACCUUAUACUCUGUUCUCAGUUAUUAUCAUCCUUGA